AUGUCUCAGAACGACAGUAAAAUAACUGUCCUACAGUUAAUUCGCGACAAAAAGGAUAUUUUAUUCGGAUCAUUUAGGGAUAGGUUAACGAAAGACAAGAACAUCGCAGAAUGGAAAAAUGUUUCAAAUCUUGCUCUGUCCCUUGGUUUAGUGCCUGUAGGGAAUGACUACACAUAUGUUCGAGAUACCUUUUAUUUGAACUUAAAAAUAUCUACUUUGAGUAAAAGAGAUGACGCAAGAAAAACCGGCACAGGCGGCGGGAAAAAAAUCAUUCUGACUCCAACAGACGAACUCAUACUGGAGAUCAUUGGCAAAGAUUCCCCUAUUUUGGAUGGAAUAAACGUAGAAGCAAGUACUUCUGAGUUACCGCUUGACCAAAAUGACGUUCAUGAGUCAUCUCAGGUGUCUCAGAUACAAAUAGAUAAUGAAACAACUUCAAAUGCAGACAGUAACAGUCUUGCAGGAGUUACAGAAAAAGAAAAAACUAAAAUUGUUCGAAAAGGAUCUAAGCAGCACGAUGACGUACUAGACCAAGAAACAAAGAAAAAAAGAAAACUUGACCUUCAGCUGGAGUUCCUCGAGUUACAAAAUUACAAAAUGAAGCUUGAAAUUUUUGAAUUAGAGCAAAAGUUGGAAGUUAAACCUUCAAACAUACUGAAGAAAUAAAACCCUUAACAAAGAAAAACACAUCUAACCAAUAUUUAAUAAUUAGUGAUGACAAAUCUAGUAUUAAACGAAGAUGGCAGUUAUGCAGCAAUAUAAGAAGUACAUAAUUAAAGUAUAUAAUUAAUUAUUUGUCUAUUCUUCACAACUUUCUGUUAUUAGCUUAGG